AUGAAGGUCUUCUCCUUGGCCCUGCUCACCCUGCUGCUGGUGGCUCUCUGGACUGGAAGCCAGGGCGUCUCCUUCCGCAGCCACUACGGCGUGUGCUGCUACAAGGAGAUGUUCGUCCGGCAGAAAAUCCCUGCCUUCCUCAUCAGGAGCUACCAGAAGACGCCUUCCCACUGCUCCCGCAAGGCAGUGCUCGUGGAGCUGCUGAAGGGGAAGAAGUUCUGCGUGGACCCGGAGGAGGGCUGGUUCCAGCAGUACCAGCGGCAGAAGGAGUCGACCAGCACCUCCACGUGA